AUGGAGGCAGGAAGGUUACGACGCUGGGGAUCGGUGCUGGGGCUCCGGCGAACUCCGGCAACGCAGACAAUGAAGGGAGCGAGCGGCGCGAGGCUCCUGCUGGGCGCUCGAGGUGGCGCAGGCACGCCGGAGCCACCGGACGAGAUGCAGGUCACCGGGAGGUUCGGCAGGGGCGCAGGGCAGCUCGCGGAAGCACCGAUGGUCGAGGACGGCAAAGCAGAGGAGGCCGACGAGGGGAUUGGGCGUCGGGUCGACCUCCGGUGGCGGCGGAGCUAG